AUGAACGACGCAGAUGUAUCCAAGCAGAUCCAACAGAUGAUUAGAUUCAUUCGGCAGGAGGCCGAGGAGAAAGCUAAUGAGAUACUUGUCUCCGCCGAGGAGGAAUUCAACAUCGAGAAACUGCAACUAGUUGAAUCUGAAAAGAAAAAGAUCAGACAAGAGUAUGAACGUAAACAGAAGCAGGUGGAAGUUCGUAAGAAAAUUGAGUACUCAAUGCAGCUGAAUGCAUCCCGUAUCAAAGUUCUUCAAGCACAAGAUGAUGUGGUAACUGCUAUGAAAGAUUCUGCGAGCAAAGGGCUUCUGCGUGUCUCUGAUGACCGGAGUGCAUAUAAAGAACUUCUCCAAGGCUUGAUUGUUCAGAGUUUACUUCGACUGAAGGAGCCAUCGGUGUUGUUGCGAUCUAGAGAGGUCGAUGUUGCACUCGUUGAGUCUGUUUUGGAUGCAGCAAAGAAAGAGUAUGCAGUGAAAGCAAAAGUACAUGCCCCAAAAGUAGUCAUUGACAAACGUGUGUUUCUUCCACCGGCUCCAAGCAGUGCAGACUCCCAUGGUCCCUCCUGCUCCGGAGGGGUUGUCCUAGCUUCACAAGAUGGAAAGAUUGUCUUUGAGAACACUCUGGAUGCCCGAUUGGAUGUUGUUUUCUGGCAGAAACUUCCUGAG